AUGAUGUGCAUACAAUAUCACUUACUUCUCUCUCUAGUCUCCUGCUUUUCACUUCAUCAAGCAGUAUCUUCUCUUCCUACUCCUAUUGAUAGUAUUUGUCAAGGUGCAACAUGGAAUCGAAAUGGUAUCACUGUCGCUGGAGGACUCGGACUUGGAUCGGGAUUGAAUCAACUGUAUUAUCCAAACGGAUUGUUCGUUGAUGAUCGUGGUAUUUACAUUGCUGACACAAAUAAUCAUCGAGUCAUGAAAUGGUCAUCGGGUGCCAGUAAUGGCGAAGUUAUUGUCAAUGGAAAUGACCAGGUCGAUGGUAAACCAUUAGGUCAACUGACCAAAGUUGUUGUUGAUCGCGAUGAAAAUGUUUAUGUUUGCGAUCGAGACAAUAAACGGGUGUUGAAAUAUCGAAAAGACGAGAAACAAGGUGAAACUAUUCUGAAGGAUAUCUCAUGCUGGGGAUUGGCACUUGACAAUCAAGGAUCAUUGUACGUCUCUGACUUAGAAGCAAAUCUUGUCAUGAAAUGGCCGGAUAAUCUUAUUGUUGCUGGUGGCAAUGGUCGUGGCAACGGAUUGAAUCAACUUUCAUCCCCUUAUAAUAUCUUUGUUGAUACAAGUCGAACACUUUUUAUUGUCGAUCGAGGCAACAAUCGUAUUAUGAAAUGGUUGGCCGGUGCAAAAGAAGGUCAACUUGCAAUUGCCAGUAAAGGAUUCGGAAAUGCUGACGAUCAAUUGUACAAACCAAUGGGUGUCACCGUCGAUGGAAUGGGCAGUGUUUAUGUAGUUGAAUACAUCAAUACACGAGUUGUUCGUUGGUUAGACAAUGCUCAAGCUGGUAAGGUAAUCAUUGGUGGACCAGGAUAUGGUAGCAGUCCUGCUCAGUUAUAUUUUCCACGUGACGUUGCAUUUGAUCGUGACGGUAAUUUGUAUGUUGCUGAUACAAACAACAACCGUAUUCAAAUGUACACAAUUGAUAAAAGUGCUUGCGUUUCAGGUUCGUUGGAUCGAGAACUUAUUCAUAUUGUCAAGAUAUUUUUUCAUUUAGCUUAA